AUGAAGGUCGCUAGGGGCUGGCGAUUGAUCCCAUACGCUCUCUUCUUGUCGACAACGCUGGGGAAGGCUCUACGCGGAGGUCCGCCCGCCAGACCCCCAGAGAUCGACACCGUCGCGUUUCUCGGAGUGCAAAAGCAUCGCCAAGACGUCAUUUUCAAUGAAGCAGUACAUCUCUUGGACUCCAUGAGGACUUCGCCGUCCUGCCACCGCGUCGCAGCAACAAGAUUGGUCGCAUCGUGCCAGUCAUUUACGGACAUCCGAGACGCCCCCCAGUCAAAUAGCCCAGAGAGUCUUGAUCUCCUUCGGUCUAUCUAUGCGGCCAGACUGGCUUUGUGCGAGAUCGACGGAGCGGGCACCGUCGUCCCCCCAUCAUGUCUUCCGGUCACGGUUUCACCACCCCAGCCAAGGAGUCGAUUCGGCUUGGGCAAUCGGCAGAAAAAUACUGAUGCUGCAGUAGAUGAAGUUCCGAAGGAGGUGCUGGAGCAGUGUCUGAGAAGUCUUGAAUCCCGACCUCAAUGGUGGACAUCAUACAGCAACAGUCGGCAGAAUGCGCUUAUCAUAUGCCAAGCGACGCGGAUGGAAACAGAAAAAGAAGAGCUGAUUGAACUGCAUCGAUCAAUUACAAAGAGCAGCUCCAAGUUGAACCAUGGCCUUCAAGAAGCUUUGAAGGAUGCAGCUUCUCGGCAUGAACAGCAAACGGCGUUUGCAAACGCCAUUCAAGCUCUGCACACACAGAUUGUCACUGAGGCUGGUGCAACAGAAUCCUUGCUCAAGCGAACUUUCAAUCGCUUUGUUCAAGAAGUUGAAAGUGGCAUUGAUUCUUUUCAAGAGGCCAUGUCGGUGGUGCUGAAGGAGACCCAAGCCAAGACAGGGUAUCUUGAAAAGGAUAUUCAAAAUGCAACAAGCCAAGUGGAAGCUCUCCAACAGGCAUUGGAAGGUGCACACCAAGAUGCGCUGAUCAGAAGCCAGGAGGCAGCUCGGGCCCAACAAUCAAGUGCUGUCACCAGCAAUAAUAUGGUGUCUUCAUUGCAUCAGUCACUUGAUUCAGUAAUAGGCUCCGACAUGGAGAGGAUCUAUAGCGGAAUGCAAAGGUUUGGUGAUUCCAUGGAAUCGUUGACAAACAGAAUGAACGCCAUCAUUCAGCGAGAAACACAAAUGGCCGAGCGCCUCCAACACAUGGAAGGGUUCAUACAGCAGUCUCAAUCAAAAGCUGUUGAGCUGCAAAGGUCCCAGGAUCUACAAUUUGAAGCACUCUCUGCGAACUCAAGAGCCCAAGAAGCCAUUCAAUUCCAUGCCCAAGUCUCGCAGGCUCUUCUCAGCAAAGCUAGUGCCUCGGCUGCCAACCUGCAGUCAGCAAUUGAGGAUGCCACAGCCGCCAUCAAACGUGGUCCGGGAUCCAGCAUUGGAGGACAUUCUGCCUGGUCUCUCUGCACCAUUCUGCUCCUUGUCAUUGCCGCACAAAAUAUCAAGAUUGCGAUUGGCAUAGUCCUCCUUCUCCUUGGUUGGUACAAUCUCCACGGGUUCCGGCCUUUGAUUCUGACGCAUUUACUUCCUCAUUUGAUUCUAGUGCACUCCCUUGCAUUAAUCGCCAUGCGCUUCAUCUGA